AUGGUUGAAUCAACAAUUGUUUCCAGAAAGAUGAUCAAGCCUUCCUCUCCUACCCCUUCUUCCCUUAGUCGUCACAAUCUUUGUUUCCUUGAUCAUAUAGCCACUUCUGCAUAUGCUCCAAUUGCCGUUUUCUACCCCAAACCUACAAAUAACAUAAGCCAGAUUCUUGAAAACUCCCUUUCAAAAGUUUUAUCCUCUUAUUAUCCAUUCGCUGGAAUAAUCACGGAUAAUAAAUAUGUCGACUGCAACGACACAGGUGCUGAGUUUCUCAAUGUACGAAUUAGUUGUUCGAUGUCUGAAAUUCUCGACCACGCCUAUAAUGAUGCUAUUGAUGUUGUCUUCCCACCUGAUUUGCCUUGGACUAGUUCCUUUGGCCGAAGUCCAUUGGUGGUUCAGUUAAGCCAUUUCGAUUGUGGUGGAAUAGCAAUCAGUAUAUGCCUAUCACACAAGAUUGUUGAUGGAUAUAGUCUCUUUAAAUUCCUUAAGGAUUGGGCUGCUACAAGUCAACAUUUGGAUUUCAAACCAUCUACUCAAUUUGAUGCAAAUUCUUUUUUCCCACUAAUGGAUGAUCCUCCAGUUCUUCUACGCGAUAUUGUGCGCGAACCUCAACGAUGCGUGUCAAGAAUCUACCAUUUCUCAUCCUCUAGUUUGGACAGACUCAAGGAAAUUGUUGCAAUGAAUUCACAAGUGCAGAAUCCAACUCGCGUUGAAGUUGCCACAGCUCUGCUUCAUAAAUGUGGAGCGUCAGUAUCAAUGACAAUAAAUUCAGGCGUGUUUCAACCAUCUUUAUUGUUCCAUGUAAUGAAUUUUCGCCCACCAUUGCCCCUAAACACCAUUGGAAAUGCUUGUUCUGCCUUUGCCUCAGCAGCAAUUCUGGAAAAUGAGAUACAAGUGCCCAACUUCGUCGCUCAACUACGAGAAGCUAAAAAACAUCUUCAAGACAAGUUGAAGGAUCCAGAACAGCUAACCUCAUAUGUACUUGAAACAAUCAAAGGGACAACAAACAAAACAGAGAAGAAUAUAGUAUUUGACUUUUAUAUGUGCACGAGCUUGUGCAAUUUCGGGUUACAUAACAUUGAUUUUGGGUGGGGUAACCCAAUAAGAGUGACCGUAGCAACAAAUUCGAUGAAGAAUCACUUCAUUUUCAUGGAUUCGCCAAGUGGAGAUGGGAUAGAUGUACUAAUCACCUUGACAGAAGCUGAUAUGUUAAUAUUUCAUAAUAACAAAGAGCUCCUAGAGUUUGCUUCUCCAGUUGUUCUGCCACAAGAAUAA